AUGGAGGCGCUAUUAAGCUUUGAAAGACAAAUGGAUGCAGCCAGUCCAUCCACUCCCUCCUCCCUCAAUGAGCUCACUCUGCUGAGGGGUGUCAAAUUUCAGGGGCUUAGGUAACGGAGGUGUGGUUACGGAGCAGAGGGGAGGUCCAGCAGAGUUAGGAAGUGCCUCCCCAUUGGUGGAAAAAGUGCCCAGACUCAGGACACAGCUAAAGUAAACUGAAUAAACAAGGAAGAUUGUUAGUUGUCGACAGGGUGUGUGAAUCGCGUUGCCAACACUGUGCUGUUACCUAACGGAUUAGUUACCAUGAAGAGAUCACCCAGGUAAAUUAAUACGUAAACAUUUUGCAGUUAUGAAGGUGAUUGUUUGACAAGCCAUUUUGGGUGGAUGGAUAGUUUUUUCCAACAGGAAGCAGUAACUUUUAUCUUAUGUGGGACCUUUUCACGCGUUCUCUUUCAGUGGGGUUUGGGGAGGGGCAGCAAAGAAACAAGGUUAGAAUGAUGCAAACACCAAUUAUGAUUUAUAACAGAAACUAACGCCACAGAUAACACAUGACUAGGAGAUCAAAAGAAAAUCUGAGUUUACACACUGAAAUGCAAGUACUUUUCAUUGUAUCAUCUCUUUAAGAACAUGAAUGUUUUCAAACGUUUGCAUGGGGGAACCCAAGAGGGCAUUCUGCCUUAUCCCUAGGGUUCUCAGCGGUAAGUAUCGGCCACAGCUGGGACCAUGUGAACUACAAUACCGACACACUGUUUUAACGUUUAGAAACGUUAAUAAUUCUCGCUUGCGAUACGGUUUUAGAAACAUAAAGCCCUCCUCUACUUUCACAUCACAUCAAAAUAAUUUCACAAAUAUAAAAUAUACACUUACUGUACACUGUUUUAACCAUUUUUAACACAGUUGCAGCCCAAUGUAUUUUUCAGUUAAAACACUUUUCUGGCGUCCUUCCGUUACACACAGGUGUUCGGAGCACGCUAGAUAGCUAAUUAGCAUAGGUGGUCGCCUCUGUCUUCCGUAAACAAGCGCUGCAACAUGGAAAUAUGACAGUGUGGGAACCCUAACCUUAUAAAGGUGUGUAGUAAUUUAACCUUUUGUUUUAAAUAAUAAUAAUCUCACUGAUAUGAAAGAAAAGGUCCUUAUGUUUCCAAAACUGUACCGCAAGCGAUGCAUGUUAACGUUCAGACCUAGUGUCGGGGCUCUUAACAACCCUCCCUGAACGGAAGAUACCUUUGUGAAUAGACACUAGGGUUAGCGUCUAUGAAUAGGCUAAGGAGAGCUCUGUCCCAUUCCAGUUUUAGGCAGAUCAUUUGCGGGUUUGCAUUACGGAUGUGUGAGUCAACAAACCAAAAAGAAUGGGCAUUUUUCUAUCUGGGGUUGAUUUUUCUAUACCAGAGAGGGGCUUACUUGACAUUCCCCCCCUUGCUGUUGCAAUGUUUCAUUGUGAUCGUGGGUGGCUGGGUGACUUAUUUAUUUGGAUGACUGAUGCCUUUUGCUUUGCAGAAUGACUAUUGAUUGGCACCUUUGCUCAUCCACAUGCAUUAAACAUGUCGACUGACGCACCCUGAUUGAUGGGAUAGCUGAGCCUGAGGACGAGGAACAGAUUGCAUGUAUUUGAAUGGCAAAUUUGAUUCAGGGGUCUGAAUGCAGGCAAAUACUGGUUGAGGAAGAGAGGAUGAUAUCCUGUUGGACCACUUUUCUAUCUCUUACUGUUUUUAAAGGCGAUAAUGCAGCAAUCUGCACAGAAGUUGACUGGAUGUAUUUGCAUAUUUUGUUCUCUGCAUUCGGGUAGCACCUGGAAUUUAGUAGGUAGGCCUAAUGAUGGUAGGUUAUAACAUUUUACAUUUUAGUCAUUUAGCAGACGCUCUUAUCCAGAGCGACUUACAGUUAGUGAGUGCAUACAUUUUGGUUUUCAUACUGGUCCCCCGUGGGAAUCGAUCCCACAACCCUGGCGUUGCAAGCGCCAUGCUCUACCAACUGAGCUACACGGGACUCAAUGAGUACUUUAAUAUUUACUUCAUAGAUUUCAACAGUAACUUUCUACCAAAUGUUACAAUGUUGCUUGUUUUGAGGAAUCUUAAAGAAACAAACACACAUUUCAUCCAUUUAAUUACUUAGUAAAUACCUUGUCAUUUCUGUCCGGUAAAAUGAAGUUCUGCUAACUGCAUUCCUGCAUUGUCGGAGGCUUUUCAAGCCACACCAUUAUUUAUCUCUCAGGCCUUCCUGUUUCCAGUUCCCAUCAAGUCUUGCUUUAAUUAGUAGUUUUGGAUCUUUCAGCGUCUCAUUGGACACAACAGGGCCUCUCCUCAUUUUGAAAAGCCGCAUGCAGGGAGACAAACAGGCCUUUAUGUAGCUACUUUAAAGAGAGCCCUUCCCCGUCUGUCUCUGUGGUUGUCCCACAAACAACCAGGCUCCAGAUAUAAUACACUGUAGUGGAUGAAUGCUCAGCCAAAGACAGAAACAUGAAAGCCUCUCUGUUUACUUGCUCUUUUUCCCCCAUGUUUUCAGUCUGUCCAUCUAUAUUGGAUCUUGGUGUGUGCUAUGCCUUGCGAGCAAACUUGUAUUUGCCCAAAUGUACUACUAAUACAGUUUCAGUUUGAAUAGCAUGAAUUAAUGAAACAAGCUGUCAAAUAAAACAAUCUGCAGUAGUAUUGUAAUUGUAUCCAGUCUUCCUCCAAACGGAAUAACCUACUGCUCUAUGCUCUCGGAUUGGUUAAGAUGCUCAAAUUGGCUAUUUCAUGCAAUUCACAUUCCUUACAAACCAUGAUAAGAAAUGUUCCUCCUAGACUAGUCUCUCUCAUCUUACUUACCAUCACUCCUGUGACUGUGUUGCCAUGGUAAUCUCAAACUGUCCUAGCUAGGCAACCUAUCAGUGGCCUUGACAGAAACUCAUUGCUUUUCAGCUGAUGUAGUGGAGUGCUGGAGAGGCCACUCGAUAGGAUAUUGACUGUCGUGCUGUCUCUGUCACUCUCUCGUGCUCUUUAUUUCAUUCUCUGUCACUCUCUCUCAUAACUGUCCUUAUCUUCCAUUUCAUGGCAUUGCACCAGUUAUAUUUUCUAUAUCUCAUGAAUACAGUAGUUUCCCUUCCGUAUUGUGUCUGUGAAUACUGUAUUUAAUGUUUGUUUUCUAUAUGCUCUAUAGUAUGAACUACUGCUUUUAAUAUUGCAGCACUAUUUGGAUAAUGCUGACCGUGCAUUGUGGAGCUGGUUGAUGGGCUCUAAUGUGGAGGUCAGGAAUAAAGGAUGAGGUCACUGAAUAAUGUAGUCCAUUGCAGCAACACCAUGAGUUAAAAACUGCAUCUCAGAAACUUCCAAACUGCUCCCACCAAGUGUCUUGUCAUAAUAAUAACCUUUGAUGUGUAUAACAAUCUACUGAUUUAUCUCGUUUCAGCAAAGAAUGCUCCUUCAAUGCAGGUACGUCUUAGCACAGCAACAGGCCUGCGUGUGUGUGUGUGAUUCCUUUACCAUACUUGGCACCCUUUUAUACCUCACAGUUUGACUGAAGAAUAAUACAGUGUACCUUAACAAGAUAAUUCAUUAUAUUAUAUUAAUUAUGUGCUAACAAAAACAUCAUUUCCAGGCACUGAGCAUUUUGAAAUACUACCCCGAUAACAAAUAAGCAUUGCCCAGUUUACUACACAGAAAUCCAUGAAACAGGAGCACUGAAGUUAAGAAUGAAAAUGUCCAAUAAACAACCAUUUUUAGCAAGCUAUUUACCUGCAUUUUCCCUUGUCCUUUCUGAGUGCUUGGGUAAAUGAUUAGGGACCACAGAGCUGCAUGGUAAGAGCCAGCGAGGAGAGCACACUGCUCUAUUAAUGAGCUCAAUUGACUCACGUUAUGACAGCAGCUUCAGCACUAUAAUGCAAGUCAUAACUGCAAUUAGUUUUUUUAAUGAUGUUAGGUCAGCCAAGAGAGACCGUAUUAUGGGGUACAUUGAGUAAUUGUAGUGCCUCAACAAAAAACAAUUCUGCAAAGCUUCAGAACUGUUUGAAAUGACAUACAUUAAAGCUAUAUAUUUUGGCGUCAUGCUUCAGUGCACAUCCUGCCUCUUACAUUGGUGGGGAAACAGAAUUUGUUUGAGUGCUUAUGUUCAAAAGAUUGUUACAUUUCACCACCUACUGUACAUGCUAUCAUGCUUGCAAGGAACGGUACAGAGAGGAAGUGCUUCACCAUUUAAAAAAAACUUCUCUCUGCUGCAUGUUCUUAUCUCCCUGUUAUCUCCCCCUCUCCUGUAUCAGAGGAUGGCUAUGUGAGGAUGUUCCUGAGGGGUCGGCCAGUCACCAUGCACAUGCCUGACCAGAAGAGGGACAGCUACAGCCUGGACCACAAGGGGGCGCUGCCUGAGCACAAGCUCAAACUGCAGUGGGUGUAUCCUUCUGCCACUGACAAACAGAGAGUAGUGCUGCUAGGAAUACAGGGGUGUAUUCACUAGAAACCAAACGGAACAAAACAGGGAGGGACCUAUCUGAAUUAUUCCAAUAUAAACUUUUGUUGAACAUGUUUUUCAGUUUGCUAGGGUUGGAUUAAUGAUUACACCCCAGAUGAGGCAGGGAAAGCUCGGUAGGGGAAAUGGCUAUAGAAGUAUAUUUAAGCAAUAAGGCACGAUGGGGUGUGGUGUAUGGCCGAUACACCACGGCUAAGGACUGUUCUUAGGCACGACGCAACACAGAGUGCCUGGAUACAGCCCUUAGCCGUGGUAUAUUGGCCAUAUACCACAAACCCCCGAGGUGCAUUAUUGCAGUUAUAAACUGGUUACCAACGUAAUUAGAGCAGUAAAAAUAAAUGUUUUGUCAUACCUGUGGUAUACGGCUUGGUAUAUCACGGCUUUCAGCCAAUCAGCAUUCAGGGCUCGAACCACCCAGUUUAUAAUGUGCAUUUGAGAAAGGACAUUUCCGUGUUUCAUUACUGUCAUCACAAAAUAAUAUAGUACCACAUUACUAUAGUUGAUGACUUGUGUGUGAGUUUAUGACCUCUGGAGAGUAACUUCUUUGAUUUGUAUUGUACUUCCCUUCCAUAAGUUCUGAGAUAGCAUCAGCCUCCUACUGUUCAACACUGGUUGUUCACAGGGUUACUGUUGUGGUCCUUAACCCUCGGUCGUCCAGGUAUGGGUACAGGGGCAGAGACUGCCGCACCAACCUCUACCUGCUCCCCACAGGGGAGAUAGUCUACUUCAAUGCCUCUGUGGUGGUGCUCUACAACGUGGAGGAACAGCAGCAGAGACAUUACCUGGGCCACAACGACGAUGUCAAAUGGUAAGGCUAGUGUGCUUGGUUCAGCAGCUCCCACUACCAUAACCUUUAGAUGACUGGCGCAAGCACACAACUUUUCUUCAGGAAAUGUAUCUUAUUUUUCUUUGCCUUAGCUUUCACUCCAGAUGAUGAUGAUACCCCACUGCAUUUAGUGCAGCAAUGCACGUGAUAGGCUUCGCAAAGGGCAAGAUGUUUCAUUUGGAAUUAAUUUAGCUGAAUGUGAUUGCUCACUAGAUGGCAUUCACAGUUUCAUCUGAUAAUCAUCAGCUAUCAUUUGAUUCAAAUCGGGGCAAGGUAGAAUUGCAUUUUCCAAGGCUUACUGUGCCAAGAGAACUUCCUUGAAUGACACAUUGAUUCAGAAUAAACUAACUUUAUUUAAAUUAGGUCCUGUUCGAGGCUCUGUGUCUCCUGUGCAAACAAAGGUUGGGCUGGUAUAUGGUAAUGUCCUACUUGCACAGUAUCAUUUUCAUACAUGUUGGGCUAUAGCUAACUAUUUGAUAUGCCUGACCAGCAUACUCUUUCAUUAGUAUUGUAGACUGUUUUCAGUGUGGCUAUAAUAAUGUCGAAUUUACCUUCAAAAUGUGCAAAUGCGUUCAUGAAAGUAUUAUGUAUCAUCACAACACUUAUGCUUCUUCAAGGGCUCUUCAUACCAGUGUAUUUGUUGUAGGGCCCAUUAUUUGCUUGUUGAAGUAUCAUUGACUGUUUGUUUAUUUCAUGAGUCAUUAUUAAAGGUCUGAAUAAAUGAGUUGACUUAGACGGCAUUACAGCCGUUGUAUACAGAGAUGGAAAAAAACAAACAAGAAGUCCCCAGAGGACAGUGGGAAAGGUUAGCUUGGCCUUAUGACUCACCACAUCACUGUCACUGUGCUCUCUUCCCGGCAGCUUAGGCAUCCAUCCAGACAUGGUCACCAUAGCCACUGGACAAGUCGCCGGAACCUCCAAAGAUGGCAAGGUACAUUUUAAAAUAAAACAAAUGAUUACGUUCUGAAGGAAUGACCUCUUCUGAUCUCUUAUGGGAAUCGUAUUGUGGUUCACAGUAGGAUGUCCAUGACUGCAGUGGUUCCAAUUUCUCUCUCUGACCUACUCUCUCUCUCUUUCAUUAAUUUCAUUAUCAGCUGUUAGAGGGCAAGGUACAUUUAAAAUCAACAAAUUCUGAAGAAAUGACCAGUUAUGUCCUGUUAUGACCAUCUUAUAUUUUAUAUUAUUCAAAUAUAUUAUACAUUUCAAUGUAAUGCAUGACAGCACUGUAUCCACUUUCUUUCUCUCACACCCACUCUCUCUCUCAGCUGUUGCCUCCUCAUGUGCGUGUGUGGGAUUCGGUCAGUCUCAAUACCCUGCAUGUCAUUGGGAUGGGCGUGUUUGACCGUGCGGUCACCUGUGUGGCCUUCUCCAAGUCGGUAAGCCCUCCACAACCUGAUUACAGACCUAACUUUGAGAAAGUAAUUCAUAGUAAUUCAUUAUUAUUUUGAAAGCAUGUUCCAUGACAAUAUAUAUAUGUUAAAUAUCUAUAAAUUGUCUGAAACAAAUAGAGCCAUUUAUUUACAUGAUAUAUAUAUAUAUAUGGCUCUGAUAAAUACCUGUCCUUCAACAGAAUGGUGGCACUCAUCUCUGUGCCGUCGACGAUGCCAAUGAUCACAUCCUGUCUGUGUGGAACUGGCAGAAGGAGAAACAGCUGGCUGAUGUGAAGGUGAUGAAGCCUCACAGACUAAACUACAGUAUGCAUGAGGAGAGCUGCUAUCCUUGGUAUUGCAUGGUAUAUCACGGCAAUAAAGACUAGUCAUGAUUGAUCACUGUUAACAUAAGGAAAAGUGAAGGCGUCAGCAGUGUAGGCUUGAGUAUGAGAAAGUGUUGUUAUCUGUGGUGCAGUCAGUCACCAUCGUCUGCCAGUUCAGGGGUCUAAUUCUCCUGUCAUCCCCUCCAGUGCUCUAAUGACUCAGUGCUGGCCGCAGCCUUCCACCCAAUGGACGCCAACCUGAUCGUCACCUGUGGGAAGUCCCACUUGAACUUCUGGACCAUGGACGGAAACACUCUCACCAAACGCCAGGGGCUGUUCGAGGUGUGUGAACAACCAAAAAACAACUUAACUUCUGUCUCCUGUUACAACUGGUAACUGUAAAAAAUAUGAUUUUGUGUACACAAAGUAAUUAUUGAAUUAUAACAGUACUGUUAAACAUUUUCUCCCAGAAAAACGAGAAGCCCAAGUACGUGCUGUGUGUGGCCUUUGCUGAGAACGGAGACGCCAUCACAGGAGACUCCAGUGGGAACAUCUACGUCUGGGCCAAAGGUCUGUUUGAAGACAACAGCCUUCUCAGCCAUCGUAACUUAGUGCUCUGCAACCAGUCAUUCAAUUCACACAUCCAUUUCUUUACUUAUAUGAAAGCAAUUUAUUACAAAUAAAGUACACAUCACACAAGUCCACCUCAAACGUCCCUCCUUGAAGCAUAUUAUUUGACAGCGGUUUGUGAUUGACAGGUGGGAACCGGAUCAGCCAGGUGGUGGUGCGGGCCCAUGAGGGCGGGAUCUUCUCCCUGUGUGUGCUGAAGGACGGUACGCUGGUGUCAGGUGGAGGGAAGGACCGCAGGAUGGUGCUCUGGGACCACGACUAUCACAAGCAGAGUGAGAUGGAGGUGAGAGAAGAGGGUGUGAAUGACUCAGAAGGAUGAGUAAACCUUAUGCAGAUAAGGACAUGCUGUACUCUAUAUGAACCAAAAUCAAGACUGCUGAGCUCAUAGCUUCCCUUGACCUUUUCCUUAGCACAUGACAGUUACAAAGACCAAGUGUUUGUUAACUGUUUAGGUGUCCUUUGGGCAGCCGUAAUGCAACUUGAGAAUGACAGAUGAGAUGUAUAGUUUUAUGCUUUUUGCUGUUGUGUGUCCUCUCUCUCAGGUCCCUGAGGCGUUUGGGCCAGUGAGAGCCGUGACUGAGGGGAAGCAGGGGGAGCUGUUAGUUGGGACCACCAAGAACGCCAUCCUUACAGGCUCAUUCCCUGAAAUACUCAACCCUAUAGUACAGGUACACAACCUCUCAAUUGCCACUGUAACUAGUUAUUUCCUACAUAUACGUUUUUACCUGUUUUAUAACGCCCAUAUUUCUCUUCUCUCCCUUCCUCUUUUACCGUUCUUCAUCAUCUGUCUCCAUUUUGCUUUUUCUGUACAUGCAAUACCCUUUCUCUAUAAUCUCGCCUCCUCUCUUAAUCUCUCCAUCUCUCAGGGUCACACAGAUGAGCUGUGGGGGCUGGACAUCCAUCCUUCUAUGGAGCAGUUUGUGACUUGUGGCCAGGACAAGCAGGUCCACCUAUGGGACACCAACUCCCAUCAGCCUCUCUGGAGCAAGACCAUAGAGGUGCUCAAUCUUCCGACUCUUCUGUGUCGCUACACUCCUUUGAAUAUACAGUCGUGGUCAAAAGUUUUGAGAAUGACACAAAUAUUAAUUUUCACAAAGUCUGCUGCCUCAGUUUUUAUGAUGGUUACCUGCAAGGAAACACGUGCCGUCAUCAUUGCUUUGCACAAAAAGGGCUUCACAGGCAUGGAUAUUGCUGCUAGUAAGAUUGCACCUAAAUCAACCAUUUAUCGGAUCAUCAAGAACUUCAAGGAGAGCGGUUCAAUUGUUGUGAAGAAGGCUUCAGGGCGCCCAAGAAUGUCCAGCAAGCGCCAGGACCGGCUCCUAAAGUUGAUUCAGCUGCGGGAUCGGGGCACCACCAGUGCAGAGCUUGCUCAGGAAUGGCAGCAGGCUGGUGUGAGUGCAUCUGCACGCACAGUGUGGCGAAUACUUUUGGAGGAUGGCCUGGUGUCAAGAAGGGCAGCAAGGAAGCCACUUCUCUCCAGGAAAAACAUCAGGGACAGACUGAUAUUCUGCAAAAGGUACAGGGAUUGGACUGCUGAGGACUGGGGUAAAGACAAGGUGCGCGCUACCAGCAGUCCUGUGUCAUGCCAACAGUAAAGCAUCCUGAGACCAUUCAUGUGUGGGGUUGCUUCUCAGCCAAGGGAGUGGGCUCACUCACAAUUUUGCCUAAGAACACAGCCAUGAAUAAAGAAUGGUACCAACACAUCCUCCGAGAGCAACUUCUCCCAACCAUCCAAUAACAGUUUGGUGACGAACAAUGCCUUUUCCAGCAUGAUAGAGCACCUUGCCAUAAUGCAAAAGUGAUAACUAAGUGGCUCGGGGAACAAAACAUCAACAUUUUGGGUCCAUGGCCCGAAAACUCCCCAGACCUUAAUCCCAUUUGAGAACUUGUGGUCAAUCCUCAAGAGGCGGGUGGACAAACAAAACCCCACAAAUUCUGACAAACUCCAAGCAUUGAUUAUACAAGAAUGGGCUGCCAUCAGUCAGGAUGUGGCCCAGAAGUUAAUUGACAGCAUGCCAGGGCGGAUUGCAGAGGUCUUGAAAAAGAAGGGUCAACACUGCAAAUAUUGACUCUUUGCAUAAGGUUAAUGUAAUUGUCACUAAAAGCCGUUGACACUUAUGGAAUGCUUGUAAUUAUACUUCAGUAUACCAUAGUAACAUCUGACAAAAAUAUCUAAAAACACUGAAGCAGCAAACUUUGUGAAGACCAAUACUUGUGUCAUUCUCAAAACGUUUGACCACGACUGUACACCAGCUUCAAGAAGAGAGUUGUAGUUGGUCCAGAUCCACACUUCGUUACCCUGCUGUAAUGACAAAGGCACCUGAAACAUCUAGCUUAGUGAAUUUACAUCAGUCCACAGUAGUUGUCCUGACUUGUAUGUGAUGGGCACCAUGCAGCCCUGUUGAUCCUCUGUCUCCCUCCAUCCUCCAGGACCCAGGGCGCUCUGCAGGGUUCCAUCCCAGUGGAGCUGUGCUGGCAGUGGGGACCAUGACAGGAAGGUACUGUACAUCCUCAGAUCCUCUCACAUUUGCUUGACAAUCAUCUCUAAUUGGACAAUGAAAUGCUAACAGCACACUUCAUUUAGACAGGAUGAAGGAUUUGGUAUGGAAUUUGAUUACAUAGUAUUAGGGCAAAGACACCAUCAAAUGAUCUCUCCUAUACUUCCUCAUCCUGUCUGUGUGUCUGUAGGUGGUUGGUGCUGGACACUGACACCGGAGACCUGGUGUACAUGCACACUGAUGGCAACGAGAUAAUCUCUAAUGUCAAGUACUCCCCAGGUAUUGUACAAGAGACGUCAUUUACAAUAUCUUAUAUCCCUCCUUAAAUAUACACAUUGUUAAUGGCUCCAAUAAGUGAAAUCUCAGAAAAUGGCUGACCAUCUGUCUGAACAAAACGGUACAGGAUUAUACAGUAUUCUUAUCCACCUCCUCCUACAUCCACAAUCACAACUAACCUAACUCUCCUGUUCUUAGAUGGCAACUUCCUAGCUGUAGGUUCCCAUGACAACUUUGUUUACAUCUAUGCCGUGACGGAGAAUGGCAAGAAGUACAGCCGCGUGGGGAAAUGCACUGUAAGUAAUAAAGACAAUCCCAUUUAUGGGAAAUUAAAUCCCUCUGUUUUCUGAACUAUUACACUAACAUUAUUGUGAUUUGUUUAUUUAUUUUACUCAUAGGGUCACUCCAGUUUUGUCACCCACCUGGAUUGGUCCGUUGACAGCCAAUACAUUGUAACCAACUCGGGAGACUACGAGAUCCUAUUCUGUGAGUCUCUUUUGUCCAAAUGGAUAACUUUGUCUAUAACUGCGGUCUAUUGUGGUACAUUCAAGCUUAUCUUCUGUUUGUGGUAAAGGGGAAGCUUCCAGCGCCAAACAUGUGACGAGCAUAGACCUAGUUCGUAAUGUGCAGUGGGCAACUUCCACUUGUGUUCUAGGCUUCAGCGUCUUUGGUGAGUCACCACUUCCUGUUUCACUUGUGAUAUGGGGUAAUGAUGGCAAAACCAGACUGUAGCUUUAUAAAUCCAAGAAACGAAACUUAUCUGCGUCAACUGUAACUCACUGAGUUCUUUAAACAGUCUGUUCAGGUCACUAGCAAUUGGCGAUUGUGACAGCAGUCCAAUCAUUUUAAAAUGGAGCUGUUAGUCUUUGCAAUUGUAUCAAGUGAGAGUCUCUGUUUCCUGCCUCUGGGCUGGUUUGGUUCUAUCUAGUGGAGUAGUGGAGGGUAAACGCAAGUAAAUAGUCUACCCACCUUUUGUGGAAGAAUGCAUUAAAAGUAUACGAACUUAAGCAUUACUUUUUUCACCGCAACUGGCGAUCACAGUUUACCCACCUAUUUUUUUACACCUACAUCACUGGUUCCAUCUAGGUGUUUGGCCCGACGGUGCUGACGGCACGGACAUCAACGCCGUGUGCAGGUCACAUGACUCUUCCCUGCUGGCCUCUGCUGACGACUUUGGCAAAGUGCGCUUGUUCUCCAACCCCUGCUCCCAGCCAAGGGUACGUUUGCAAUCAUUUACAUCUUCUACGUUUUUAUUUGAGUGUUUUCUCAUCCACUUAAAUUAACCUGUUUGCAUCUAAACAUAUGAAAGUUAAUCAUUCAGGGGACAUUUUUUACUAAAGUGGAAGUUAGGAUUUGCCCCUCAGUGGAUUAAUUAUUAACCUUCUCUUUGUGUCUGUCUCCCCUCCUUGUCACGCCAUGCAGGCCCCAAGCCAUACCUACAGUGGCCACAGCAGCCAUGUGACCAACGUUGCCUUUCUCCACGACGACAGUCACCUGAUCUCCACAGGAGGGAAGGACACCAGCAUCCUCCAGUGGGUGGUCGCCUAGACAACCCUGCUGCAUCAGUCUCCACCUUCGCCUCCUGCCCACCAGAGGGCAGCACUUCUGUGCCUAUAAAAACACCCACUUUAACCCUCUCCUCUACACUGUUUGUCUGAUGGUACUGUCCUGAGGUGCCACUAGGUGGGGCACUGACUUCAGAGAAUAAGCAUGUUGAGACUAUUUAAGGCUAUUUAAACACAGUUGUAGCUGCUAUUUAUGUUGCAAGGUCUAUAGAGGUAUAUUAUACAGUAUAUCUGAGUCGCUGUGAGAUUCUAAUAUUAACUGUAAUGUGGUGGCGUGGCACCUAGCACUUCAUACAUAUUUAGGAGUGAGUUUAAGCUGUGCUUUGCCUUUGUUUUGUUAAUAAAGUUUCUAACCCAA